AUGGUGGAUGCGAUUGCGGCAAUGAGAAUUGCAAGUGUGAAUCUUCCGAUAGUUGCAAUUGUCCAAAAAAAGAAAAAACUCAGCAUUCGUGCAAAUGUGGUGAUAAAUGCGCUUGCAUUGCGAAUGGACAGGAAUGCAAGUGUGGUCCAAAGUAAAAUCUUAUAG